AUGACAGACGGUGUCAAGUCAUUGCAACCACAGCAAAGCUCAGGCACGACUUCUUCUAGCUCCCUUUCUACUCUUCGGCCUCCAUAUAUUCAAGGUGUUGAAUGUGGAGUGGACGAGACUAGCCCUUUGCAUUACAGAAACAUCACUGACUUCAUUACUCCACAGGAGAUCACUUCAUAA